CACAGUAGCCGCAUGUUGCUAACGGGAUGCUAAGGGAAUGUAGUGUUAUUUCUAUUAUUUGUCUCUUUAUUUGUUAUUAUUUAAGGUUUUAUGUCAGUAAAAUUAAUACACCUGAAUAUGGAGUUUAAGUACGUGUCUGGAACAGGACUGUCAAAGUAACCCGAGCUGUGAAAAGUUUGUUGAGACGUGGAGCAGCAUGUCUGGAGGAGCAGGUGUCGUGGUGAGGAGAGCUCUUCAGGUCUGCAGAGUUUUACAGAAACGAGCUUCAGUCGCUGCUGUGGCCUCCUCCUCCUCCUCCUCCUCUUCAUCUUCAUCUCGCUCUCAUGUCCAGGGUCAGACUUUAUUAACUCCCAGGAGCUCGUUUUACUGGAGCUUUCGGUGUUUCUCAGAUGUUGGGACCAUUUCCAAAGAGUCUGACUCAGAUAAAUCCGCCGAGAGGACGCCGGUGCUCAAAGCUCGAGCUGCGUUCAUGGAGGAGCUCUCCUCCUGCACGUCUCCCUCUGACGUUCUGGACCUGAGCUGCAGAGUUCCUCCCACGUUCCUCCAGCUGAGCCACUGUCUGUCCCAGAUCUGGAACAGCACCAAGAAGAUGUCCGAGGAGCAGCGGCGUCUGGAGCUCAGGCUCAUGUGGGAGCACCCGGAGUGGGAGCGUUUACUGCAGCGCGCCGUGGGCGGAGUCUCGUACCUGCCCGACACUCACCUGGUCUUCGCUCUCCUCUCGCUCGUCAACCUCGGGGUCGGACCCAAGACCAGAGUGAUCCAGACCUACCUCCGAGCGGCUCAGGAGAGAAUCAAUGAAUUAGACGACAAGAAUCUGUCCAUCCUGUCGGCGUGUUUGGAAAAUCUGGAGGAAGGAGCCAACGUCAGAGCUCUGAAACACGGAAUCAGGUUGCUGGUGGAGGAGCGUCUGCCCAGGAUCAAUAACGUGGUUCAUCUUCAGACGAUGAUGAGGAUCGUGGGGAAAGACGCUCCGCUCAAACUCAAACACAAACUGGAGGCCAAGGCUCUGUCUCUGUCGCAUCAGUUCUCGCUCCCAAACGCUCAGCACAUGGUCUCCACCAUGGCCACGAUGGGCCUCACCUCCAAACCUCUGCUCUCCAUCUGCAGCCACAAGAUCUCAGAAAACCUGUCUGGAGUCCCGUUUAAUCGUCUGCUGACGGUGCUGGUGUCCUGCAGGGAGCUCAGGUUCAGAGACGUGCAGCUGCUGGAGGCCGUGUCCGAGUACAGCGCCACCAUGGUCCAAGUGUGGAACAACAAGCAGUUCCUCCUCCUCCUCUCUUCGCUCGACGCUCUGUCGUUUUUUCCCUCGUCUCUGUUGGAUUCGUUCUCAGACAGAGUUCAGUCUGAUCCUGGAGCUUUGACCCUCAAAGAUCUUCUGUGUUUGGUGCGAGUCUGCUCCUCCCUCAACUACCACCAGCCCAGUCUGGUGGAGCGCCUGGUGGGGGCGUUGGAGUUGUACGUUCUGAGAAUGUCUCCGGUGCAGUUGCUUCGAGCUCAACACAGUCUGUGUCUCCUGGGUCACUUCCCUCAGUCUCUGCUCGUCGCUCUGCUCCAGGACUCGACGCUGCAGCGGCUCCGGACGCACGAGUCCAGAUCUGUUCAGGCUCAGCUCAACGUGGUGGAACUGUGUCUGCGUCUGGACCGACCCACUCUGCCUGACCACGUCUCUCUGCCCCCCUCCUCCUCCUCCUCCUCCUCCUCCUCCUCCUCCUCCUCCUCCUCCUCCUCCUCCUCUCCUCCUCCUCCGCUCAGCCCCAGACCUCACCUCUCGUCUGCUCUCCGCUCUCUGCUGCAGCACAGGUCAGACUGGAGCGUGAAGGACGGGGAGCUUCUCGAGGAACAUUAUUACAUCGACGCAGUUUUAACCAAACGUGAGAGCGACUCUGAGAAGGAGCAAAGGAGGGCGGUGCUGUGCGUUCCUCCGUCUGUGUUCUGUUUCGGGACGAGUCGGCCCAGAGGAACUCUCGCUCUGAAACUCCGACACCUGAACAUCAUGGGAUACCUGCCCCUGCUGGUUCCAGAGCAGAAGUUUGUGUCUCUGUCUGACGAGGCCAGAGUCCAGUUCCUCAGAAAACUCAUCUUCCCCAACGAACAAGAACCUCAGCUCAGACUCGAGUUGAGAAAAUCACCGACACAAUCGACAAACACAAUCUGACCACAUUAAAGACGAGGUUCCGUACUGUUGUGUCAUACAUGUUUGAGCCAUCUAGAGAUCUCUCCUGGGCUCUAUUCAAACCCUCCGUACGGUUACUGCAGUACGAGUCUGUACGAGGCUCCGCCCACAGGCUCCCGCUGGACAAUCCUCCAUAAAAACACAAAAACACGACACAGACCUGAUGUGACGCGCAGGAGGUGCGACGCUCUGAAGGGGGAGCGACUCAGCACAGAGAGGAGAGACUCAGAGCGACAAAAAUAAAAGUGAAACUUGAUGUUUUGGGCAAAUAAAACAUUUUCAAAACAAUAAAAUGAACAUGGAGAUUUAAAUAUGUGACGUGUGACAGAAAUAAAUACUCCACAAAAAUAAAUACUCCUCUUUAAUACUCCAGAAAAGUGUUAAAUUAAAAAAUAAAAUAAAUAAAAAUAAAAAAAUUUAAAUGGA